AUGCAGGAAGGGCAUACAAAGGAAGCGGCGAAAUUUAAGAGACCAUGUGAUGAUGUCACAAAGCAAUACGAUGCGGUAAAUAAUUUGCAAGAUAAGUUGGAAAACAUGAUAAAAAAAGUCAAAAAGGAAGAGCAAUCAAAUAAGUUGGAUAUUUCGGAUCAAUUUGGAAAGCACUUUAAGUCAUUAAUUAAAAUACGCUCGAUUCAAGCUAAGAUGAAGGCAUAUAUUUUUUCUGAUAAAAAUUUCGUAUUUGUGGUAUAUUAAAUUACAGUUCCCAAUGACCAAUGUUAUUUGGUAAAAACCUAUUGUUUAUACUGCUUGGAAGAUAAUAUAUGCGAUAAUACGGAAUAGGAAGUUGUUUAAAAGAAAGCAACAGAAACGCACUAAGGUGACUAAGCCUUUGCUUUGUGUUUCAUUGCAUUAAUAUUUGUUACCGUUCCGGAUUUGAGUGUUAAAUUGGUUUUAUAUUUUUUAAAAAGCAUAUAUUUUACAAUUGAUUUUAUUAAUUGAUUAAUGCAGGAUUUCGCAAUAUUUUAUGACAAUCCUGCAGCGAUGACGAUACGUAUAUACGCAUAUUCGUUUUCUCGUUGUAAGCGGAUCACUGUAACACUGACGUAUGCAUGCAUAUAGUCAUAAACCAAAUUCCUGGCUUAUCGCGUUUUUACACUAUACAUGUCGGUUGCAUGCAUGCUAAUAUUCUUAACAUUUUAAGCUUACUUCAAAAACUCAUUAAUAAUUCGUGAGGAAAACACAAAGAGAAAUCAUAAGCGUGGCGUGUCUUUAUAUGUGAUAAAACACGCUUCAAAUUUCAACUUGUAUUUUCUCAGCUAAUACAAAGUUAUCAUGCAAGUGUUCAACCGAUAUAUAAGGGAGCACUCGUUAAAUAUAAAGAUAUACAUGCAAGCUUCAGUGAAGCUAGCAAGUAGCAAUGCCAAACUGUUACGCGCAAUCGCUCAAUGCCAAAGUAUACUUUCAGAGUGGUUUUUGAAGGACGAGGCAUGAUCAGAAUAUAUAUUUAUGUAUAUAUUGUAUGAUGGAUGAAUAUUCUUUACAAUCGUAUAGAAUAUUCACUGAUAUGGCUUAUUUAGGAUUUAAUCACCAUGCAUGCAAGUGUUUAAUUAACCGAUAUAUAAAGGAGCACUCGGUAAAUAUAAAGAUAUACAAGCUUCAGUGAAGCUAGCAAUACCAAUUGUAGAGUGGUUUUUGAAGAACGAGGCAUGAUCACAAUAUAUAGAUAUCGUAUGAUGCAUGAAUAUUGUAUACAACCGUAUAGAAUAUUCACUGACAUGGCUUAUUUAGGAUUUAUCACCAUACAUGCAAGUGUUCAACUGAUAUAUAAAGGAGCACUCGGUAAAUAUAAAGAUAUAUACAAGCUUCAGUGAAGCUAGAGUGAAGCUAGCAAUGCCAUACGUACUGUAUACGCGCAAUUGCUCAAUGCCAAUGUAUACUCUUUAUAUAAAGAUACCAAAUUCAAGGAAGCAAAAAAUGCCGAAGUAUAAGUAUACUUGUAGACUGCAUUUUUGAAGAACAGGCAUCAAUAUAUAUUACGGCAGGGCUUACAGGAAAGAUAAAUUCAGAAGAUAUGAUACCCGAUACUAUUUUUGCCUUUUUACGACUCGUCACGAAAUUCGUGAACCACAUCAGCACAACAUCAUAUGAAGACUAGGCAGUGCAAACUUCAUGUAAGCAAGUUCGUAAAUUCAGAAGAGAUGAAACCCGGUACUAUUUUUGCGUUUUUACGACUCGUGACGAAAUUCGUGACGAGUUAUAUCGACUUGUACCUUGCGAUGGAUUUCACGACUCGUGACAACUUGUAACGAGUCGUGAAAUCGUGACGAGUUACAUCAACUUGUACCUUGCGAUGGAUUUCACGACUUGUGACAACUUGUAACGAGUCGUGAAAUGCGGGAGUAUUGGACAUGUAUGAAUAAAAAACUAGAAAAAUGCGACUUUGACUAUUGGUGUAUAAUAAUUCAGUUUAUUCCAUAUACGGUUUAUUUUAUAACGUAUCUUUUUCCAUAUUGUUUUGUGUAGGGAAUGUUUUGUUGCUUGCGAAGAAAUACACGUGGUUAAGCAUUUUAAAGCAGCAAUAAACAGAAGAUUUAAUGAAAAUUGUGGUGUUUUUUGGCAAAAUCUAUCGGACUCACAAUUGAUCGACUACACUUGGACAAAAGUUCGCGAGUUUUUUACCAAUAGUGGUAAGACACUGGUUGGAACGCUAACUACAGGUCGACAAAUGAAUAUGAAAAGAUUAAACGAAAGAGGAAAUCUUGUCGCUGUUGAAGAUGCAGAGUUAAACAGCCUUCAAUCUUGGAAAGAUUUGGUUGACGACUUCGAUGAAGCGGUUUAUAUUAUGAAUGAGAAAUUGCAGGUAAGAAAAUGAUUUAUGCUAUCAGACUAUCAAAUGAACUGUUAUUAUAUUUGUUUAACAAAUAGAUAACAUUUUGCCGUUGUCUGUUCAGUUAUAGAUGCACAAGAUGACGUCAUAACGUGGUAAAAAACAAAAAGUGGCCCGGCCGAGUGGGUCAGUCAUUCAUGUUCUUACCACGUUCUGACGUUCUCUGUGCAAAUCGUCAGUGCUAAACAGCUUAUUCAGCGCUAAACUUGAAGUAAAAAGCCUGUCGUAUUCCCACCAAAUUUGGGAGCGUUGAAAAAAAGAAAAAAUGCCGUAAUCACGCAAUAUCACGCAAUAUGAUUGUGGCGAAUUUGAUUGACUUGCUAGUUAUGACAAGAACCAUUCGUCUGUCGUCUAAUAGAUCAUGGCUCUCAACUAUGACUUUCGACGUGAAAUCUUCAUGUGUGAUAUAUAUUGUUCACUCAGUAAUACAGUAUGAUAGGAUGAAAUGUUCUCAAUGCGCGGUUUGGAAUAAUUCAUUCGAGAACAUUUCAUCCUAUAUAUAUAUAAUAACGUUAACAAUUCAAGCGCUUUCAUUCGUCGAGAGCCAUGAUCUAUUAGAGGACAGAUGCACGGAAUACGUCACAAUUAAGGUAGCUAAUAGCAUUCCCUUAUUUGUAUAGAUCAUGUACGUGUGAUAUUUGUCAAAAUUCAUGAUAUUUUUCAAGCUAUUUACCUGUUUAAUUAGGGGUUUUCGUUUUAUUAUACAAAACAAAUAGAUAAGAUUUUGCCCUUGUCUGUUCAGUUAUAGAUACACACUAUGACAUCAUAAUGUGAAUUAAGAACAAAAAGGUGACCCACUCGCCUCGUGACCACUUUUUUGUUCGUGAGCCACAUGGUGAUGUCAUACUGUGUAUCUAUAACUGCAUGAACAGACAACGUCAAAAUCUUAUCUAUUUGUUAAAUACAUGUAUAUAUGUGUGUGUGUGUGUUGAUAGUAAAAAUAUUUGUUUGCUGAAUUAUUCAAAUACAGCCGGUAAAAUAACCCGGUUUAUUUCAUGGAGAUGCUCGAAAAAAUGAUUUCAAAUUUUACCAAACCAGAGGGUGAAUGUUAUAAUGCAAAAUGAUUGUGACAAAUCUAAUGAAUAUGUUUAUUUCACAUUACUUCGCAAGGAUAAUUGUGAUGUGCAAAUCUGAAAUAUUUAUAGGUCAACAGAUAUGGCGAAAUCCAGGAAGAAAACUGGCAUUUCAUGUGGAUGGCCCCCUUCUUGCGUCUUAUGCCAUCGGCUAUGAGUGACAAGGGACGUAAGAGGGUAUUUGGAAGGCAAACUGGAGACUUACGUGAUGAAGAUCGAACGACCAUUCCGUUCCUUUGAUUGGUGUGAAUUCAUCUCCAAGGCGAAGGACUUUUUCAAGGGCAAUUUUUUGCCUUUUGUCUUAUUAUUGAGUGGUGGUGUUGCAGCUUUUCACUACCAAAAAGUGUUAUCUUGUGUAGGUAAGAAAUUAUUCAGUAUAUUUAAGUAUUAACAAACAUUUAGCAUUUUAGGUAAGGGGCCAUGCAAAAUUUAUUGUACGCCGGUCCGAAUUUGAAUUAAUGUUAAAAAAAACAAGCCCCGCUUAGGUUGGUGUGAUAAAAAUCUCCAGCCCCGCUCGGAACUUUGUAAAAAAAUUGCUGCCCCGCACUGCUGUCAUUAAAGAAAGCUUGUGCAGCUGUUCUUACCGUUCCUUACCAUGUUCAGCUAGAGGAUGGAACACAUAAGAUAGCUUCAGUAAUAUGUCAUAUUAUUUUUUAGGUUCAUGCCCUGUUGCAACUGCAGUUGGCGAGAUAUCAAGUGGCAAGUCUACUGCACUAAAACUUGUAGCCGAGCUAAUAGGCAUGCACAAGGUGUCGCAGUCGUCGGGUGAAUUCAUUGUGUCGUUCUUAAAAGGGACCACCUUUCCAUUGGGCUGGGAUGAUCCAACACAUCAAUCGAGUACACGUCGGCCGCUGGUUUCAGUAUUUAAUGGACUUAGCAACCAAACUCAAGAACAAGGAAGUGAAACACCGCGCACAUCAUUUUUGCUGACAGUCAAUUUUAAGAUGGAAGAUGAUAUGAGGUAUGCCAAGUGCAGAAUGUAAUGAGAUAAUAAAAUAUUCCAUCAUUGCAAUACGUAUAAUUAAAACAAUGUCAUGUUGAACUCAGUUGAAAGUGAUAGCUUAUUAUCCAUCUGCAUGGUUGUUCAUUAAAUAUUUUAUUCUUUGUAUUUUAGGUCAUUUGAACGAACCAUACCAAUAUGGUUUAAGAAGGUUAAAGGCAAAGAAUGUGAGAACGUGGACGAGUUCUUAGAUACUAGGCAAACGAUAUUCCUCAUGGCCAACACACACAGCAUCAUGGAUGUAAUCAAUAUGGGUACUUGAUUAAACCACGAGAAUGUUGCAUUACAUACAAAUUUCUUCAUGCGACAUUUAAGUGGUUUAUCUCCAAGAUUAGCGGAAAUCUAUUCCGUGUACAGGCUGAUUUCCCAUCUGGUAAGUCACAUCUUAAAUGUUAUUUUAACUGUGCCUGCCUGCAUGAGAAAUAGAAAGAUAACUUCCAACUUCGUCUAUUUCUAUCAACUUUCUAUUAAUUUGUAAUUUUAAAUCUUAUAUUUUUCUCAAAAAAUAUCUCAAUUUUCGUCAAUGUCCGAGCAAAACAACACCAGUCCGCGUAAACAUAUUUCUAACAUUCAAUUUAAACAAUUUACAAAAUACAUAUAACAUGUAAUAAACACUAUAGCAAAACGAGUUGAAAGAACUGCCUGAUAAGUACAAAAAGAUGUUGUCGAAGGGCCUUUACUGGAAAGGCAGAGCCUCUGUUUAGAUUUUUAGCUAAUUUAGGUAGUUGUAUCUUCUCCAUACUGUGGCUCAUGUAUGCCUGUUCCUGUUAGUAUACAGUAACUACCUAAAAAUGCACCGGCGUUUUGAUUUAGUGCAUUUCCGAAUUAUUUUUUGGAAUAUUCCAUAGAUUAUCGAGGUGAUCAACAAUGAUGAACUACUCGACAAGGAAACCCUUGAUCAAUAUUUGACCGACGAGUUCAUGCCAUACGUCACAUCUUUUUACGAUGUAACUGUUCAGGCGCAUACAUCCUUGGACGAAAUAUUCCAGCUACUGGCCAAAUCCAUAACCAAGGCACAACUCGAUAAACGUGAGGUAAACAUAAUAUAAUUUGUGUUUUAAUUAACAACCAUUUACGAAGUUGAUAUUUACAGGAAGUUGAUAGCUUAUAUUAGCAUACCCACAAUAUGUAUUUUGGAAAUUGGUGAAUCUAUCAUUAAAAGUACUAAUCUACUCGUUAAAAGUAAACAUAAUUUCCCGAUCAAAUCAUUCGUGUUACUAUGACACUUUAAUUUCUUUUUUAUUUAGAGUUUCUCUCAAUUUUUUAUAACUGCAUUGGAAUAAUUAGGCAAAAACCAUUGUAAUUUUGAAUAUAGGGUGGGGUUAUUGCAUGCAUGUAUUUUAAUAAGCUUAAAUGUCAUUUAUACUGUUAGAGAAAGAAAUAGUCGAAUGCAUGUUUCCUUUGAAUAGGUUGGAAAGUGGAUGAGGCCAAUUGUGAAGGGGAAAAAGGAAAAUCGGUCGAUCGAUUACCUCGCAUUCUAUAUUCCCAAGGCGUUGGAAUGUGUGACAAAGGCCAAACUUACUGCCCCCAGUGAUUCCAGUGUUCGUGAGUUAGUUCACAAAGUUAAAGGUGCAACUACGGACUAUAAGUCGACAUUCCUGGGACAACCAAAGAAAAUUGUUUGCAGUCGUAUUCCAAGGCACGCUCUGAGCAAAGGAGACAUUGGCACAAAUUGA